AUGGUCGAUAUGCUUUCUCCAUUUAAAGUUGUUAUACAUAUACCAUUUGAAGGAGAUGAUGAUGCUGAAGAUAUUAUACUGAAUGGUGAAGAAUCUCAUUCUGAAAACUCUCAAACUGUGUCUGAACCUGAAGUAUCUACAUCCAUUGCAGUUUCAUGUUCAACUCCAGAUUCAAUAAAACAACAAAAAAUAACAGAUUUAUUAUUUUCUCCUUCUAUGACGGUCAAGAAGCAAGAAAUGAUAACUGAAAGUAUAGUAAGAUAUAUUGCAAAAGACAUGCUUCCACUUUCUUCGAAGAAUGCUUGGACUUUACUUGACCGAAAAAACCGAGUUGCUAGUGAUUUGAAUGGUAUAGAUUUCAUUGCCUUAACAACAGAUUGUUGGACUAGUAGAUCUACUGAAUCAUACAUCUCAAUCACGGCUCAUGGAAUCACUAAUGAGUGGAAAAUAGUGAACUACAUUUUAACAACCGAGUUGAUGGAUGAACGUCAUACAAGUAUCAAUUUAAAAGAUAAACUGUUGGAUAUUAUACGUGUCUGGGAUAUUUACAAUAAAGUAGUUUGUAUUGUUCAUGACAAUGCAAUUAAUAUAAAAAAUGCAGUUUGUUCUAUGGCUCCUGAUAUAAAAAGUAGAACUUGCUUCGCUCAUUCGCUGCAACGUUGUGUUAAUAAAGGCUUAGAAGAUAAAUCAAUCAAAGAUUUACUGAGUACAGCUUCAUCAAUUGUAUCACAUUUUAAACACUCUACUGUAGCUUCAAAAGCUUUUUUAGCAGCUCAAAAAAAUUUGAAAAUGUCGACAAACAAAUUAGUACAAUCAGUAAAAAUUAGGUGGAAUUCUGUUUAUGCUAUGCUAGUCAGGCUUAACGAUUCCAGACAAGCUAUUUGUUCAGUAUUAAAUGACCGUACAGUUACUACAAGAACAACUGCAUUGACAUUGGAAUUGAGUGAAAGUAAAUGGGAGUUGUUAGAAUACUUGAUCAAAGUUCUUGAACCUUUUAAUCUCGUUACAAACAUAUUAUCAUCAGCAAAAACUCCCACAAUUUCUACUGUGCAGCCAAUUUUAAAAAAUCCACGUUACAAAAAUCAGUUUGCUGAUAAUAACAAUGAUGGAAUGAUGGAUUUAAUAAGAAAUUUCAUACAGACACAACUAAAUUUUGAUGAUGGUGCUGGAAUUAUUAAAACCGACAGAGAUACUGCCCAACAUUUAGAAAUGACUGCUCUUGAUAUAUUAUUCCCAGACAAUGAAAGAUGCAGUGAACAAAAUGAACUUGAUAAAUAUGUAAAAGAGAAAACAAUAAAUAAAAAUGCUUGUCCAUUAGUUUGGUGGAAAGAAAAUAGUUCAAGAUAUCCAAACAUUUCAAAACUUGCAAAAAAAAAAGUGUGCAUUCCGUCCACCUCAACACCUUCAGAAAGAGCGUUCUCUAACGCAGGAAAUAUUAUAACAGCAAAAAGAAAUUGUUUAUCAGGUGAAACGGCCAAAUUGUUAAUCUUUCUUUCUCAUAACACAAAGCAGCAAAAUUAA